ACAUACUCUCUCUUUCAGAUAUCACUUUGAAUGCUUCUUCUCAAAGGAGAUUUAUAGUCCGAGAAUUACGUUAACGCAGGCUUUUCUUCUCUUUCAUUGCUAGAUCUCAGUUCUUUUCUUCUCACCGGAGAACGACUCGGAUCGAUCGAAGACGACAAUAUGUUCGACGGAUUGCUAGGCCGAGGAUUUAGCUCCAAGUGUAAAUUGUUGAUUAAGCCGACGAGAACUCGAAUCGAUGUGCUACGUAAGAGGCAGGAGGCAACACAGAGGUUUCUCAAGGGAAACCUUGCGCAACUUCUAGCUAACGGACUCGACAUUAACGCUUAUGGAAGAACUGAAGAAUUUAUUGCUGGACAAAAUGUCUUGUCGUGUUAUGAUUUUAUCGAACGGUGUUGUGAAUACAUUUUGAAGCAACUUUCUCUCAUGCAAAAGCAAAGGGAAUGCCCUGAAGAAUGUAGAGAAUCGAUAGGAUCAUUGAUGUUUGCUGCAGCAAGGUUUCCUGAUAUGCCUGAAUUACGUGACCUAAGAGAUCUAUUUCAGGAGCGAUAUGGAACGGGAUUGGAACACUUUGUUAAUCACGAUUUUGUAGAGAAAAUAGCAUCAAAAUCCUCUACAACAGAGAAAAAACUACAGUUUCUUCAAGGCAUAGCUUUAGAGUUCUCUAUAAAAUGGGACUGCAGAGAUUUCCAAAGAAGCAAGCUUGAUCCAUCAACAUCUUCUAGGGACCAACCUAAAAGAUCAAAUGGUAAAGACACCAUCUCGAAUCCAGAGAAGAUCAUCAAUGCUCGUAAAGAGUACAAUCAUCUCAAUCACGACAGAAAUGGAAUUGAUGGAGCAAAAAACAAGAAUGUCUUGAAGAAAGAAGCAGAUAAGCCAGACAAUUAUCAUCAUCAUCAUCAUCACAGUAAUGCACUACCCCCACCUUACGUAAAACCAAUAGAAAACAAGCACAUUGAUGCCCCUGAACCUGAGAAAUUGAUGAAUCGUCGUUAUCGUGAAAAAGGUUUGACUUAUUACGACGAAGUUCCUUUGCCAAAACCUAGAUCAAUGAGGAAGAAACACAGCAGUCAAAAUUGUGAAGAAGAUGCUAAUAAUGUAAGCUCAAGCAGAAGCAGGAGAAAGGAUACUAAUAAUAGUUCAGGAAGAGGGUUACAAAUAUUGUUCGAGGAUGAACAUCAACAGAAGGAUGAAGAAGAACGAGUGAUCGAUAAAUUACUGUUGCAUUACAGCAGUAAACCAUCCAAUUUUGAUCCAGAAAAAUUGAUAAGAAAGCCCAAUAAUGCUGAAACUCGAAAUAAUAAUCCUGCAUUAAUUCCUCCUCCAGCCACGAGAUCAAUUUCACUCCCACGCGAAAAAACUACUAGUGGAGUAGAGCCGGUUAAAGUUUAUGCGCGAGCAAAUUCCAUUCAACCAGCAAAACAUGUUCACCCCAAGUUACCCGAUUACGAUGAUUUGGCUGCACGAUUUGCAGCUCUUAAAGACAAUAAAAGGUGAACAAUUUUUUAUUUUUUUUCAGUUUAUGCAAAUAUCAAAUAUGCUAUUAAGUGUGUGAAUUGCUUCAACUCAAUUUCUUGGCUAAAGUUUGAGCUGUGUAAUAUCUAUAAUGCCUCCAUCUCGUUU